CUGUGGAAACCGUGGACUAACAACGAGCUCCUGAGCAUCACCUAUCCCACCCACCCCACACCGUCUACCGACACUGUCCCAUUUUCUAUUGCGCGCCUCUGGAGUUGUGCAUCUGGGUUUAAUACUUCUUUCCCUUCCGAUACCCCCGUAGUUGAGCGCCCUCUCACGCGGUGAGCUUGGAGCUGUCGCAAACAUGGCUCAGCGCCAGGUCCCAUUGCACGUCGCACAGCCGACACUGCUCACGAACUUGAAUAUCCUUCCAGCAUCGAUAUCAUGGCAAAACUGUACUCUCGAGUCCGACAAGUACGUUUGCGUGCGCCAGGUCAACAACGAUGCCAACACUCCCGCCGAGACCGUCAUCAUCGAUCUGAAGAACACAAACAAUGUUAUCCGUAGACCGAUCCGCGCCGACAGCGCGAUCAUGCACUUGACUGAGCCCAUCAUUGCUCUCAAGGCGCAAGGUCGGACGCUGCAGCUCUUCAAUCUCGAGACAAAAGAGCGUCUGCAAACAUACAGCCACCAGGAAGACAUUGUUUUCUGGAGAUGGAUUAGCCAAACUACGCUUGCGCUGGUCAGCUCCAAGGCCGUGUACCACUGGGAUGUGCUGGAGUCGAAGACCGCGACACCCCGCAAGAUCUUCGAUCGCCAGGAGCAGCUCGAGAACAACCAGAUCAUCAACUACGUAACAAACGAUGACGAGAGCUGGUCUUGUUUGGUGGGCAUUGCGGCGGGUGCCAACGGUGGCAUUCGCGGCAACAUGCAGCUGUUUUCUAAGGCGAGGAACGUCAGCCAGCCUCUUGAAGGUCACGCGGCCACUUUUGGCACACUCCGUCUUGAUGGCGCAACGACAGAUACCAAGAUCUUUGCCUUCGCCGUAAAGUCGCAAACCGGCGAGGCCAAGAUCAACAUUGUCGAAGUUGACCAUAACGCGGCGAACCCGGCUUUCCCCAAACGGUUGAUUCCGAUCCACUGGCCCGCCGAGGGCACUGGCGACUUCCCGCUCGGCAUUCACAUCGCGCACAAGUACGGCAUCCUUGUCGUAGUUACUAAGUUCGGUUUUAUCCACCUGCACGACCUCGAGACUGGUACCGCUCUCUUCUUGAACAGGAUUUCGGAAGAGACAGUCUUCACGACCGCACGCGAUGACGAGGGUACUGGUGUGGUUGUCAUCAACAAGCGCGGACAGGUGUUGCACACGACUAUCCGUGAGGAUACGUUGAUUCCCUACAUCAUGGAGAACCCAGCAUGUGCGGAGAUCGCCUACAAGCUUGCAUCGAAGGGUGGUCUUCCUGGAGCCGACAACCUGUACAACCAGCGAUUCGAGCAGUUGAUGAACCAGGGCAACUACUCUGAGGCAGCGAAGGUUGCUGCCAGCUCACCUCGUGGGUUCCUCCGCACAAUGAACACAAUCAACCGAUUGCGUUCGGUCCCUCAGCAGCCUGGUCAGAUUACCGUCCUUUUGCAAUACUUUGGCUCGCUGCUUGACAAGGGUGGGCUGAACCGCGAGGAGACCUUGGAGCUGGCCCGUCCCGUCUUUGCCCAGGGCCGCAAGCACCUCAUCGAGAAGUGGCACAAGGAGGGCAAGCUUCACUGCUCUGAGGAGCUUGGUGAUCUUGCUAAGCCUCACGACUUGAACCUUGCUCUGGCCAUCUACAAGGAAGCCAAUGUCCCUCAAAAGGUCGUUGCUUCUCUUGCCGAGCUAGGCCACUACGACAUGAUUGUCCAGUACUGCACAUCCGUUGGUUACACUGCGGAUUACAACGUUCUCUUACAGCAUGUUAUCAGGUCGAACCCCGAGAAGGGAGCCGAGUUUGCCAUUCAGCUCGCAAAGAACGAGAGUGGGCCGCUUAUUAGCACAGACCGUGUCGUAGACAUCUUCCAGUCGCAGGGCAUGAUCCAACAAGCCACUGCCUUCCUUCUGGAUGUACUCUCCAAUGACCGCGAGGAGGAGGGUCUCCUGCAAACGAAGCUACUCGAGAUGAACCUGCUCAACGCACCUCAGGUAGCCGAUGCCAUUCUUGGAAACGAGAUGUUCCACCACUACGAUAAGGCCCGCAUCGCCAGCCUCUGCGAGAACGCUGGCCUGCUCACACGCGCUUUGGAGCACAACGAUGAUCCCGUAGCUGUGAGGCGCAUCAUUGUUCAGACAGACAAGUUGCCCGAGGAGUGGUUGAUCAACUACUUCGGUCAGCUCACCGUUGAGCUCUCGCUGGACUGCCUGGACGCUAUGCUUACGACCAACAUUCGACAAAACCUGCAAGCCGUGAUUCGCAUUGCCCAGAAAUACUCUGAUCUUCUCGGCGCCAAUCGCAUCAUCGACCUUCUCGAGAAGCACCGCACGGCUGAGGGCCUGUACUUCUUCCUCGGAUCCAUUGUCAAUGUCAGCGAGGACCCCGAUGUCCACUUCAAGUACAUUGAGGCUGCCACAACCAUGGGCCAGCUCAAUGAGGUCGAGCGUAUUUGCCGUGAAAGCAACUACAUUCCGGCUGAGAAGACUCGCAACUUCUUGAAGGAAGCGAACCUCACAGAACAACUGCCCUUGAUCAUCAUCUGCGACCGAUUCAACUUCGUGCAUGAUCUUGUGCUACAUCUUUACAAGAAGCAGCAGUUCAAGUCCAUUGAGGUCUACGUACAGCGUGUCAACCCGGCGAGGACUCCCCAGGUCAUUGGUGGUCUGCUCGAUGUCGAUUGCGACGAGAGCAUUAUCAAGAGCCUCCUCGCUUCGGUCACACCCUCUUCGAUCCCGAUCGAUGAGCUUGUUGCCGAGGUCGAGUCACGCAACCGUCUCAAGCUCCUCUUGCCAUUCUUGGAGCAGACAUUGGCUGCUGGAAACCAGCAGCAGGCCGUGUACAACGCCCUGGCAAAGAUUUACAUCGACUCCAACAACAACCCGGAUAAGUUCCUCAAGGAGAACGAUCAGUAUGACACACUCACGGUCGGAAAGUACUGCGAGAAGCGCGAUCCCAACCUUGCGGUCAUCUGUUACUCCAAGGGCCAGAACGAUCUCGAGCUUGUCAACAUCACCAACGAGAACGCCAUGUUCAAGGCCCAGGCUCGUUACCUGCUCGAUCGUGCCGAGUCUGAGAUCUGGGACUUUGUUCUGAGCGAGAACAACAUGCAUCGCCGAUCCCUGGUCGAUCAGGUUACAUCUGUCGCUGUGCCAGAAUCAACCGAUCCUGACAAAGUCAGUGUUGCUGUCAAGGCGUUCAUCACCAACGACAUGCCUGCUGAGCUCAUCGAUUUGCUUGAGAAGAUCCUGCUUGAGCCCACAACCUUCAGCGACAACCCGAGCUUGCAGAAUCUGCUGAUGCUCACAGCAUGCAAGUCUGACCGUGGACGCGUGGCUGGAUACAUUCAGCAGCUUGAGAACUACACUCCUGAAGACAUCGCUCAGCAGUGUAUCGAGGUUGGUAUGCACGACGAGGCUUUCGAGAUCUACAAGAAGCACGGUCAGCACGUGGAUGCUGUCAAUGUCCUGGUCGACCACAUCGUCAGCAUUGACCGCGCUCAAGAGUACGCAGACCGUGUAGACACACCAGAUGUCUGGAGCAGGGUCGCUAAGGCUCAGCUGGAUGGUCUCCGUGUCACUGACUCGAUUGAGUCCUACAUCCGCGCUGGUGACGCAUCGAACUUCCUCGAAGUGAUUGAGGUUGCCACCCACGCAGGCAAGGAUGAGGAUCUCAUCAAGUUUUUGAGGAUGGCCCGCAAGACCCAGCGCGAGGUCCCUGUCGACACUGCUUUGGCGUUCUGCUUUGCUCGCACCAACCAGCUGUCAGAGCUUGAGGACUUCCUCCGCGGAACCAAUAUUGCUAACAUCGAGGCAUCUGGAGAUAAGGCAUACGAGGAGGGCUACCACGAGGCUGCGAAGAUCUUCUACACAAGCAUCUCCAACUGGGGCAAGCUUUCUACCACUCUUGUGCACCUCGAAGACUACCAGGCUGCCGUUGAGUGUGCUCGCAAGGCGAACAGCGUCAAGGUCUGGAGAGAGGUCAACGAGGCCUGCGUUGCGAAGAAGGAAUUCCGCCUGGCUCAGAUCUGUGGUCUCAAUCUCAUUGUCCACGCCGAGGAGCUUGCCGAUCUGGUCAAGCAGUAUGAGCGUAACGGCUACUUUGACGAACUCAUCGCUCUUCUGGAGGCUGGUCUAGGUCUUGAACGAGCUCAUAUGGGAAUGUUUACUUCACUAGGCAUAGCUCUUACGAAGUAUCAUCCUGAGCGGGUCAUGGAGCACCUCCGUCUUUUCUGGUCCAGAAUGAACCUUCCUAAGGUCAUUCAAGCCACAGAGGAGGCUCACCUGUGGCCGGAACUCAUCUUCCUUUACGUCCACUACGACUCUUUCGAUGAUGCGACAUUUGCUAUGAUGUCCCAUUCAACGGACGCCUGGGAACACCAAGCCUUUAAGGACAUCAUCGUCAAAGCCAGCAACGUUGAGAUCUACUACCGUGCAUUGGCUUUCUAUCUUGAGGAGCAGCCAACAAUGCUGACCGACCUGCUACAAGUCCUCACACCUAGGAUUGAUGUCAACCGCGUGGUUCGCAUCUUUACACAGAGUGACAACAUUCCGAUUUUGAAGCCAUUCUUGCUCGCAGUCCAGUCCCAGAACAAGCGCGAAGUCAACAAUGCUCUGCACGAUCUUCUCAUCGAGGAAGAAGAUUACAAGACACUGCGCGACUCGGUCAACAACUACGAUAACUACGAUGCGACCGCACUGGCUCAGCGCCUUGAAAAGCACGACCUGGUGUUUUUCCGUCAAAUCGCCGCCGAUAUCUACCGCAAGAGCAAGCGCUGGGAUCGCUCCAUUGCGCUGUCUAAGCAGGACAAACUGUUCAAGGAUGCCAUUGAGACGUCCGCGUUGUCCCAGAAGCCUGAGAUUGUGGAAGAUUUGCUCCGCUACUUUGUCGAUGUUGGUAGCCGCGAGUGCUACGUUGGUAUGCUGUACGCUUGUUAUGACCUCAUUCGCCCUGAUGUCAUCUUGGAGAUGUCGUGGCGCAACGGUCUUCACGACUUCACCAUGCCAUACAUGAUCAACCUCUUGUCCCGCCAGACUGCGGCUAUCGAGCUGCUGACAAAGGAUAACGAGGAGCGCAAGGCUCGCGAGGUGACGCAGCAGAAGAAGGAGGACGACACUCCGAUCCUCGGCUCCCGCCUCAUGCUUACGCAAGGCCCCAUUGCUUCCGCGCCUUCCCCCGGCCCUUACGGCCAGGCUAACGGGAUCACACCUCAGAUGACGGGUUACCGGGGUUUCUAGAUAGACUGGCAGUGACAGAUGACAUUAACGGUCUUGCAUGAAGGAAAUGACGGGCGAUCGAUUUCGAUCUACAUAUUCAUGGGUUGG